UUCUUCUCUCCCAUGUGGCGCCCGGUUCUCUCUCUCCUCCCUCUCCCCCCACCAAAUCCACCACCAAAUCGUCAGAUCUGUCCGUGGAGAUCGUUCCCCAUCCAUUUGUCAAGGAUGGCCGGUCCCGGUGGCCGGCGAGGCGGUCGAGGCCGCGGUCCUGGGCGCCCCCGGGGCCGGGGAAGGGGCCGCCGCGGUGGAGCAGCAAGGGCCCCACGGUCACCGUCACCUGCAUCCUCCUCGUCUUCGCAUGAGGAACGCUGCUUCGAGUUCCUCCUCCGCAUCGACGACGACCCACUCGGCAUCAAGCGGCUACCGGACAAGUUCGCCGAGUUCGUCGACGGCGUCGAGCCGGCGCACUUGCAGCUACGGGAGGCUAGCUGCAACUUCUGCCGCUGGUCCGUGGAGGUCCUGUUCGACGGGCAGGGCAAGAUGUACCUGCACACGGGGUGGGACAAGUUCGCUCGUGACCUCCACCUCAAUUUUGACAACAAGGACAUUGCACUGAAUAUGUACCACACAUUGACACAGCAUAAUGGUUCAAAUGACAAAUAA